AAUCACGAAUGCUCGUAAUAUUUACAAACACAAUGAGUAUAAAACCCCAUCGGACCCAUCAUAACCCAUCAGAAACCAACCAUGAACAUCAAAUACUCGCUCGUUGUCUUAGUUUUGGCCGUUUUCCAACAAAUCGCAUGCGAUUGUGGAUGCUUGAAAUGCAGUAAACAUCUACAAGUGAUUUCGCCCCCUUCUGCCCCCUACAAGGUGAUUUUAAAGGGCGUCCCCUCAUUCCCCGAAGGUUACCGACACGCCUACGCCCCCCAAUACGACUACCCCCUUAACGCCGCCUCUGUCAUGUCCCAACCCUGCCAACCAGUCUUCGCCUACAAGUACAAGCUACAAGCGCCCCUCCCACCACCCGGCAAGCCCUUAGCCCCGCCCAUGACCGGCCUCGUGGCCAAGCCUGACCGCAUCGUGAUCCAACAAACGGCCCCAUCCUGUCCCGUCUACAUCGAUGAUGGGGCCUGUGACGACGCCCCCAACACCGCCCCCCCAUGCCACUCCAUUUUCCAACAACCGAUGUACCAACAACCCAUGCCCCUCCAAGCCAUGAAACUGGUCCCAUUCAGGCCCAGAAUGCGCCCAGUUCUGGAACCCAUCAGCAGCGACUUUUACAACUCUCUCUAUGACUGCAGGAAUUAGAGCCAGGGGGUCUUAAAAUACAAUGGAAAAAAUAGAAACGAUAGGAAUGAGUUUGCCACAUUCAUUGUAACUUUUGUGAAAUAAAAAAUUGAUUGAAUGAAA